CGAACUAAACACACAUUCUGUGGUCCCUAACAGUACGGAGGACUGUCCCGUUUGCUUGGACACAAUUCGUGAGAAGAAAACAUUAAAGUGCCUUCACUCUUUUUGCUCUGACUGUAUCGACUCGGUUUUCAAGUUAAAGCCCGCUUGUCCGAUUUGCAACACUUACCACGGAGUGUACACGGGCACGCAGCCGCCGGGCACCAUGACGGUGACGAGCAGCUGGCAGUGUCUGCCUGGCUUUGAGCAGAGCGGCUCCAUCACCAUACUCUACAGUUUCCCAGCGGGGGUACAAGGGCCUGAGCACCCUAACCCUGGUGUGAGAUAUAGCAGCACCUCCCGUACCGCCUACCUGCCAGACUGUGAGGAGGGAAAGAAAGUCCUGAAGCUGCUGAGGAAAGCCUUUGACAGGAGACUCACCUUCACCAUUGGACGAUCUGCCACCACAGGCCUCAACAAUGUCAUCACCUGGAAUGACAUUCACCACAAGACCAGCAUGGGAGGUGGUCCACAAUGUUUUGGAUACCCAGAUCCAGAAUACUUGUUCAGGGUCCAAGAGGAGCUUCGUCUUAAAGGAGUGACAGAGGAUGAUUGACUCCCACUUUCAGAGGACAUCCUUCAAAUAGAUUUAAAACUGUGUAUUGAAACACAGGUCCUUAUUUUAUGUCUGCACCUGUUGCAGUCCUCAAGCAGGGAUCUUUAUCAGUGACACUUUAAGAUGCACAUAUAUUGAGUUAUUAUGUAACAGACAUACAUAAUA